UGCUGAUACUCUUCGUUCUGACAAGUUAUGGCAUUGUGACAUCCACUGACAUGGACACUUGAUGAGAAUGUUUCGCGGCACGACUAUUCAUAUAUUCAUUAACUUCUUCCAAGACUUCAAGCGUUCAGGAUUGUGUCGAAUUUGCCGCCGGGAUGAUAUUCUAUAUAUGAACCGGUAACUUGUAUGUUUAGAUGCCGUACCUUCCCAGUUGAUUCUUCUUCUUCAGUGCGUCUCCUGCAGCAGCUUGUUCGGUUUGACAAAGCUUCGUGUGCUGCGGCAGCGAUCAUAGUCGGCUACCAUUCUGCCAAUCUUUAGGGAGCCGCUGGGUUCGCUUAACCGAUGUCUUCUCCCCAUCUGAAGGCCAUUAUUUUUGAUAUUGGCGGCGUCGUCCUUCAUAGCCCGUUCAUUGCGAUCGAUGAGAUCGAGUCGGAGAAGGGUCUACCCAGGAAUUACCUGAAUGUCUCGAUAGUUUCUCGGGGGCCGGGCGGGGCCUGGGAGAGAUUCGAACGUGGAGAGCUAUCGCUCUUCCCAUUCUACGAAGAGUUUGGACGUGACCUGUCUGACACAGAAAAUGGUAACAAAUGGUAUACGGAAUACUGCGCUCGCAAAAAAAUAGAUCUCCCGGCUUUACCUGUGAUGCUUGAUAUUGACGGCCGCGAGGUCUUUGGUAGGAUGAUGCGACAGUCUACAGCUUAUGAUUGUCACAUCCUACGCGCCAUUCACCGGAUAAGAGCGUCUGGAAGAUGGCUUAUCAUCGCUCUUACUAAUAAUUACUCGAAGCACCUCACGGGCUCUUCUUCUUCGAUGCCCCUGACUGCAGCACAACCUCCUAUAGGAGUUCCCGACUCGGAGUUGCGGUUCUUGGGAUGGGAGGAUGGAGCAAAGUUUCAUCUCCGUGCACUAUUCGAUGACUUCUGUGACUCCAGCGAGUUAGGCGUGCGGAAACCUGAUCCCGAAUUUUAUCUUCUUGCUUGUCAGCGAAAUGACAUUCGUCCCGGAGAAGCCGUCUUCCUUGAUGAUAUAGGAAUGAACUUGAAGGCCGCUCGCGUUCUUGGCAUGGAGACCAUCCAUGUUCCGAUAGGUGGCACUCUCGAUGCAGUCAAACAGUUGGAAGGGAAAUUAGGCAUCGACCUUACUAGUGACCUUGACCAUGACAACACAACAUCUGCUAAGCUUUGAAAGCCAUGGCUACAGUUUGGUGGUAUCACAGUUUGUAUGGACACCUCCGCGGGGGGUUUAGAUGAUCGCAAAUGUAUAUUCUGGGCGGUCGCAUUCUACAUUAAACAAAAUACUGGUAUCCCAAAGGGCGGUAUGUGUCUAUGAUUGCGGACCAUUCAGAACGGCUUGUCUGAAGCAGGUGUUUUGUCCUCGUAGUAGUUCCCAAUCUGAAGUCGUACCCGUCAC